CGAGUCAGUGUUUGUUUAACUUCACCGCUAUUCGGAUGAAACACAGCUCCGGGCUUAUGUUUUCAGUCAGAGCCGUGCCAGCCCUGACACGGGCGGGGGUGGACACCCCUUUUAGUCGGCUAAGCGUGUUUUCCAGCCGGAGACCCCGCUCCACCGUCACCUCCACCUCCACCUCCACCUCCGCCUCCGCCUCGCCCCAGACGGACCGGGACGAUGCUGGCAGCAGCGGCGCCAGGCAUGACUCGGCGCGGUGGGAAGAGUCCUCCGACCCGGGCAGAGGGGGCACCGCCGCCGCUAAUGAGAGCUCCGUAGAUUUUGACCAGACCCAGGAGGCUUACAAGAGCAAAGACUCACUAGAGCUGCUCAGGAGUUUGGUGGUUUUCAAACUCUGCUCCUAUGACUUCCUGGUUGAUAAGAACAAGGAGAUAAUGGAUCUAGGUAAGAAAGUCAUUGGCCAGAAGGCGUUUGACCAGUUGAUGAAGAUGACGUUUUAUGGCCAGUUUGUGGCUGGGGAGGACCACAGAACCAUCAGGCCGCUGCUCCAGAAGAACCAGGCCUUCGGCGUCGGCUCUGUCCUGGACUACAGCGUUGAGGAGGACAUUAGCCAGGAGGAGGCUGAGCAGAAAGAGAUGGAUUCAUGUGUAUCUGCCGCAGAGAAAGAGAGCGUAGGCGUGGAUCACAGAGAAAAAAAGUACAAAGCGCACAAACGUUUCGGGGACCGUCGUGGGGGAGUGACCGGAGCCCGCACGUAUUUCUACGCCGAUGAGGCCAAGUGUGACCAGCAUAUGGAGACCUUCCUCAAGUGCAUCAAAGCAUCUGGUGGGAGUUCAAUGGACGGCUUUUCUGCCAUCAAAAUGACUGCUCUGGGACGACCUCAGUUUCUGCUCCAGUUCUCAGAGGUCCUGGUGAAAUGGCGGCGUUUUUUCACCUUCCUGGCAGAACAUCAGGGGAAACAUGGUAUGGAGGCCUUAGAGCAGAAGCUGGAGCUCGAACAACUUCAGGAAUUCUUGACCAGACUGGGUGCAAAAGGUGACUUUUAUGGCUGGUUUACUGAGAGGAAGCAGGAAUCCUCAGGCACCAUUGACAUGCUGGACUGGAACAGCCUGAUUGAUGAAAGAACAAAGAUAUCAGACCUGUUGGUCGUCCCAAAUGUAGAGGAAGGUGUGCUGGAGCCUUUGCUGGAGAAGUUCACUAUAGAGGAAGAGAAGCAGAUGAAGAGGAUGCUACAACGCAUGGACGUCCUGGCUAAACAUGCCGAGGAGAACGGCGUUCGCUUGAUGGUGGAUGCAGAGCAAACCUACUUCCAGCCGGCUAUCAGCAGACUGACCCUGGAGAUGCAGAGGAUCUACAACAGAAAGAAGGCCAUCAUCUUCAACACUUACCAGUGCUACCUCAAGGAGGCCUAUGACAAUGUAAGCAUGGAUGUAGAACUGUCUCGGCGUGAAGGUUGGUGCUUUGCUGCUAAGUUGGUGCGUGGAGCUUACAUGUACCAGGAGCGAGAGAGGGCCCAGGAGAUUGGCUAUGAGGACCCAAUCAACCCCGACUACGAAUCCACCAACAGGAUGUACCACAGGUGUUUGGACUAUGUGCUGGAUGAGAUUGCGCUCAACAGAAAUGCCAACGUUAUGGUGGCUUCCCAUAAUGAGGACACGGUGAAAUACACCCUGAGGAGGAUGAACAAGCUGGGUCUUGUUCCAACCGAGAACAAGGUGUACUUUGGUCAACUUCUGGGCAUGUGCGACCAGAUUAGCUUCCCACUGGGCCAGGCAGGCUACCCCGUCUAUAAGUACGUUCCCUACGGGCCAGUGAGCGAGGUGAUGCCUUACCUGUCUCGGCGAGUGCAGGAGAACCGCGGCUUCAUGAAGGGCGCACAAAAGGAGAGAGAGCUGCUGUGGAGGGAGCUGAAACGCAGACUCGCCUCCGGGGAGCUUUUCUACAGACCGGUGUACUGAGAGCAUGGAGGAGAGACAGAGAGGAGAAUGUGUCAAUGUGUCGAGAUUUUCAUCUUCUCUGGUUGACUGCUGGCCCUACUGCUGCUGUCUGUCUCUCUCUUUGUACAGCUCUCCCUGGAUGUACAUCUCCUGUUCUACCCUGUCCUGUAGUUGUUGUUUUUUUUUGUUUUUGUUUGUUUGUUUUUUUUGCUGAUGGACUAUUUCUGUCUCUCAUUCUCUGACUUUUUAUCUACUCUCGCUAUUGCUUUUUUUCUCCAUUGCUCAUUCCCCUUCUCUUCUUUGAUAUUCUCUGUUUUCCCCCCACCACCACCCCCAUUUCCUUUGCCUUUCCUCCAUGUUUCUCUGUAUUUCCUCCCUCCUCUGCCUCUGCCUCUAUAAGCAUUCCUCAUCGUGUCCUCUCAGCAUCCAGAAAGCCCCAGUAUCCAUCACGUGGGCAUCUUUACUACUCCAAAAGGACUCCCUAAAAUGUCAACGAGACUGAGGCGGGUGUCUCUUUUUAUUGCUCUAUUUAUCUUGGAGAGGGGCAACAAUAACACAAAUAACAGGCUUGAUUUAAAUGGUAGUAAAGGAUGCAUCGAUAUUCCUCUCCCUAUAUUAUGAUUUUGACUCAAAGACGGCUGUACUGUACCCCGAGGAGGCUUGUACUGUAUAUUUCCGUGCUGCGUUUUAGAGGCUGUGUUGCUGGUUUGCAAAUGACACCAUUUGCGAAUCAAUGAGAAAGUAUAUAUGGCUGCUCACAGCACAUCCCUCUUCUUAUAAGAGUGUUAUGGCUGUUAUUGUGUUUACUUGGGAAAACAAUGUUCUUGCUCACUGAGCUGUUUCAAGAGAACAUAAAGUAUUCAGUGCUCAGUGAGUGAAUCUGCCGUUAAUACAGUCACCUGCGAGGGUGGCAGGUUGUAGUGUCAUGGUGCAAAAUAAAGCUAAAGGGAAAAUUUAAUGAGAGGGGAGUCUUUUGCUUUUUAAUUUGUAGUGUUUUUUGAAGGAUUAACAUUAAGAGUUUUGUCUUGUCUUCUCUUUGAAUCCAUGUAAAUAUGUUAGAAGUUUUUUCUCCUGGGGGUUGUCACAGUUUUGUGGUUGCUUUUGAAUUAAGUUUGUGAUUAAAAUUGUCAUGAUUCUUUAUGAUCUCAUGGAAUUCUCAUUAAAUAAAAAUGUAUGCACAGCGUAA